CCUUGUUUCCAUAGGAAUGCACUCAAGAACUCCUCCAUCUUCACCCAAGAAAAGUAUAUAUAAGACAAGACUCUAACUUCCAACAUUUCUCAAGAAAAAGAGAGAGAGAGAGAGAUAGACGUUUCUAAGGAGAAAAGUUCCUAUAAGAAUUCAAGAAAAGGGGUUACUUUGUGAGUAAAGUUAAGAAUCUAUACCAAGCCCUCUCAAAAUCUUCCUUUCAUCUAUGGGUAAAGGCUAAGAAUCUUCUUUUCAAGAUUUUUGCAUUAAGGCUAAGAAUCUUUUUGUAGUUUUCUUUAGAGGUCUUUAUGGCAUUUCUCAAGAACAAGAAUUGGAUUAUCAUCCAAAGUGCUAAUCUUUUUGGCAAUUUUGAAUUACAAAAGGUUGGGCCAUACCUUCUCUUUUUCUACAAAUGGGAUCCACUUUCCUUGGUAAUUUCUCCACCAGACUUAUGGGUUCCUCUUCUUUCUUUCUUUGCCUUCUCAUCUUCUCUGUCUUAUUUUCCAAUGUUGUUACGGGGAACGCAUUCACAGGAACAUAUGGAGUAAACUAUGGCAGAAUAGCUGAUAAUUUACCUUCUCCGGGUAGUGUGGUGACACUACUCAAAGCAGCAAAGAUAAAGAAUAUUAGAAUCUAUGAUGCAGAUCAUGAAGUUCUAAAGGCCUUUAAAGGUUCAGGCAUUCAAAUAAUAGUUGGACUUGGAAAUGAGUUUCUGAAAGAUAUAAGUAUAGGCGAAGAUCGAGCUAUGAAUUGGAUUAAAGAAAAUGUGGAGCCAUUUGUUCCUAAAACAAAAAUUGUGGGAAUUGCUGUAGGAAAUGAAAUCUUAGGAGGUGAUGAUCAUGAACUUUGGGAAGUUCUGUUGCCUGCAGCAAAAAAUGUUUAUUCUGCUCUCAAAAGGCUUGGUUUGUCGAAAUCUAUUGAGGUUUCAAGUCCAAAUUCAGAAGCAGUUUUUGCCAAUUCAUUUCCACCUUCGGCUUGUGUAUUCAAGGAAGAUGUUCUUAUAUACAUGAAACCAUUAUUGCAAUUCUUUUCCCAGAUUGGUACUCCAUUUUAUAUAAAUGCUUAUCCGUUUUUGGCCUAUAAGAGUGAUCCUGAGCAUAUUGACAUUAGAUAUGCACUUUUCCAGUCAAAUGCUGGAAUUGUGGAUGCAAAGACUAACCUGCACUAUGAUAACAUGUUCGAGGCUCAGGUUGAUGCAGCAUAUGCUGCAUUGGAAAAGGCAGGCUUUCCGAAAAUGGAAGUGAUUGUUUCGGAGACUGGUUGGGCUUCUCAUGGAGAUGCAAAUGAAGCAGGUGCUAAUUUGCAAAAUGCAAGGACAUACAACUACAACUUGAAAAAAAAGCUAUCUAAAAAGAAAGGCACUCCUUAUAGGCCUAAGACAGUAGUGAAAGCUUAUGUUUUUGCUUUGUUUAAUGAGAACUUGAAGCCUGGACCAACUUCUGAAAGAAACUUUGGUUUGUUUAAACCUGAUGGAAGCAUUGCAUAUGAUAUUGGAUUUACUGGACUAAGAGAAUCAUCUUCUGCUUCAUCUCUUCUUUCUUUCAAGGGGAUUGGAGGUUAUGGUUGGCUGGGAUGUUCCUAUUCAUUGGUUCUUACAACCUGCAUAGCUGUUCUGCUAUCAGUUACAUUUUUAUAAUUUGAUGAAAAAGAUUUAUUUACAGCUCCUUUUUAUCCCUGUAUAUGAUGAUUGUGUAACAUAUCAAUUCAUUUGUUAUUCUUGUACAGACAGUUAUUUUCUUGAAUCAAUAUAACAACUAAUAAUUGCUGAUUG